AUGAACGGUUAUUCCGAACACUGCAUCCAGUGUGAACGGGUCGUUGUUAACAAAAUCCACAAAGCCUUCCGAGACCCCGUCCUCAAUGCUGAAUGCCAGACGUCCGUCGAUGUUAAAAUCGGCGUGGAUACCGCACUUGACACACUGCAAAGUGAGCUCUGCACCAUGGUCAAUAGUUUUGGCGAGGGUGAAGCCAUUUCCGAUUCCAAGGAUGGUAGGGGGCUUGUUCGAGACACUCUGCCCUUCGAGAUGGAGGUCGACCGCUACAUCAUAAUGGAUCGAGUGCGUGAAUGGAACUAA